AUGUCAAGCAUAAGCGAAAGAUUUGAUGAGUAUGAUGAAGAGAGCGAUGAUGAACAUUUUGAAAUAAAAAAUAAAAUAGGUCACUCUGAUGAUGAGAAAGAGGGGAGUGAAGAGUACGAGGAGGAGGAGGCAGACGAAUUGUCGGAUGAAGAGGGAGAGGGUGAUGAACUUGAAGAAGAGGAUGAAGAAGCUGAGGAGGAUGAUGAAUUAAAUACUUACACGAUACCGAAUGAAAAUAUAGAGGAUGAUAUAUUUAAUGAAAACAAUUUAUUACAUGCUAUAAAAACAAGGGAAAUACUUGAGCAGGAUAUUCUUGUUCUUUUUAGUAAUAUGCUAAAAAAGGAAACAGUGUUAAAUAAAGAUAUAAAGAAUAACAUAGGUUCUGAGAACAACAAUAGUAAUAUGAGUAGCCGUGGUAGGGGUAAUAACACGGAAGACAAGAAUAACAUUGAUGAUGAUUGUGAAGAUGAUCAUGAUAGUGGCCGUUGCAACGGCCAUGGAGGCAGUCAUAGAGUGGGAAACAGCUGGGGAAAGGAGCCCGAAAGGGGAAACCUAAAAAUUAAAAAUCAGAGUGUGUACAACUUCAUAUACAGCAAAAUGUAUGAAAGUGCAAAAGAGAGCGAUAAAAAAAAACAAAACAAAAAGGAAGAUAAUGAAAUAAUAGAAAAGAAUAAGCAAAUGAAUAAGGAAAUUAAUUUUAAAGAAGGGCAACAGAACAUGGUGGUAGUAGUAAAUAGCAAAAGAAUUCAACAAAUAGACAAAGAACAUUAUAUACUAGACACAAAUAUAGUACAAAUAAUAAAUGAUAUAAAUACUUAUUUGAAGAGAGAAAGAGAAUAUUUGAAUAGAAAAAUUGGUACGCAUAUAGAUUCUACCUUUAAAAAUCCUAUGUAUGUAACAUUAUAUAUAUAUAAUAAUCAAAUACUAAAGGAUAUUAUCAUCCAAGUUAUAAAUAUUAUUAAAAAUGAUUUCGACAAUUCUAUAUAUAAAGAUAUUGAUGAAAAUAUGCUAAUAAAAAAUAUGUUUAUCUUAAUAUACUAUUUGACAUCAAGACCAAGUAAAGAAUGGUUUGACUAUUGGCAUAGACACAUGCCUUCUUUUAAUAAUAAAAAAAGUAAUUACAAUGUUUAUAAUUAUUUACAGAUAGAAAAGAAAGACAGAAAGAUAUUCUCAAAUGCAUUAAAGAAUGAUAUAUAUAUAAAAGAAUUACAGAAAAGAUCAAAUAUUAUAGAACAGUACCAAAAUGGAUUACAAAGUUUAAAGUGUUUGUUAGCUAGCAAAAACUUCCUGACCAUGCUUAACGAGUUCAGGUACAACUGCCAGCUGUUCAUUGAUGCGGAUUAUAGGGGCAUUGAGGAAAAUGAGAAAGUUAUAGAAAUGCAAAGGAGGGAUUGCGAAUUAGUUGAGCAGAAGAGGAAACUAAAGGAGGAGCUUCAAGCAUGUAGGGAGCAGUCCAUGGAAGGGGAAGUGGACGGUCAGGAGGAUGGACAAGCGGAUGGACAAGCGGAUGGACAGGAGGAUGCAACAGAGUAUGAACAACAAUACGGACAAGAAGACGACGAAACUAACGCAAGUGAUGGGAACGGAGUGAAUGACUCUAACGCUGGUAACCUGCCAAAAAAGAAGAGCAUCGUUCGAAACAAAAUAGUAAACAUUAAGAAGAAGAUACACGAAAUAAACGAGGAGUUGCUGGAAAUUUCAAAUUUUUUCUUGGAGGACAAAAAGAAGAGAGAACAAUUGAUACAUGAGUACAGGGGAAAUAUAACUCUGGUUCGAAAUAUAUUAACACAGGUGUUGGGUAUACGAAAUCCUAAAGGAGGAAGUAAAGAUAUAAACUUGAACAAUGUACAUUAUGCUAUAUUACAGAGUAUUUUAGAUAAACAUAGUUCUCUUCACUUAAUUAUUGGUGAAAUGAAACAUCUAUUUGAUAAAGAGAUAAAGAAAUAUGAAAAUGAAAAAAAUAUACAUAUCCCAUAUUUGAAACAAAAUACUAUGAAAGAGAUAUGGGAAUAUGUUAGACUCUUUUAUAACGUCAUUUGCUACAUCGAUCCGAUCGAUUUGGUCAAGUCCCUCACGUAUCAGAAGGGGAAAAUUAUGGCGACCAAGGGCGGUUCCGCGGCAAGUACUAGCGGUGUAGGAGCAAGUACUAGCGGUGUAGGAGCAAGUGAUCGAUGCACAAACGCAAAGACAAGCCUAGGGGGAAGAGGAACAGACGGAAAAAGGGCCAACGCCCGGGGGAGCGCACCUACAAGAAACUACAAACGGGGUAGCUUUUUGAAUUCUAGAAAAAACAAUCUAAUGAUUAUGCACUUAUCUAGAAUCAAUCCAUUAUUAGCUAAGACCAAAGUUAGAAAACCUAAUGAAGAUAAGCAUAUGAAAAAAAAAAAAAAAAAAUUUAUCGAAAGAAAAAGUUUAAUAGAUCAUUAUGAAAAUUUCUCUUUUGAUGAUUUGUCUUUUAAUAUAUUUGAAGAAGAGGAUUCUUUUAAAAAAUAUGAUAUACUUAACAUAUUUGAUCACAAAAAUUUGUACAAAGUGCAAGAUUUCAUUAAUACGAUUGUAGGAAUAAAUGAAGAAUUCGAAGGUGUGUAUGAUGAUGGUGGUUGUUCUAGUGGUGUCAAGUGUAGAGAUACCUAUGAUAGGAAGGGAAGUAAAAAGGACAAGAGAAGAAGUUAUGAUAGCAGUAAUGGUGAUAUAGAUGACAAUGCUAACUAUCAUCAUGCUGCUUUUAGUAAGACUGAUAACCGGAACUACGAUGGGUUUAAUUACUGUCUGAAAGUUUUUCUAAACAUAUGCAUAAAAGAUUUGAGGAGGUGUAUUAUGGAGUACUACAAUUACCAGUGGGAUGUUAAAAUCAUUUUGAAUAUACACGCAUGGAUAGUUACAUAUUACACGAACUUUUAUGUUUAUGAAAAUAGGAAGAGAUUGAACAAUGCUAGGAUAAGAAUAAGAAGUUCUAAGGAAGGAGAAACACAAAGAAGAAAAGGAAAUGAGGAAAACACUCCUAACAGUAAAAGAGUAGAGUCAAACAUAGAUGAGGAUAAAAAUUGCAAUAGUAUAUAUAGAAGUACUGUGUUCAUAUCUCGUAUACAAAUGGUCUUAGGAAUGCAAAUGUAUAUUGGUGAGAAUAGUUUACAUUCCGAAUUUCUAUGUGAUACGUUUCAUCGUAUAAUAAAAGAAGAAAAGAUGAGUAAAAAUAGUAGUAAAGUUAUACUGUGUUGUUUAAGAUGUUUAUAUGCAGAUUUGAAUUUAAUAAAUUUGCAUGCCUUAUCUACUGAUGAUAAUGUAAAGACUAUUUGUAAAUCGUCUUUAGAUUAUUUGUUAAAAAGAAAUAUUUUGAAUACUCUAAGUUGGGUACUCAAAAAUUUUAAAGUUAUGAGUCAUGAAAAAAAUAUAUUCAUUUAUUCGUUAAAAUGUAGUUUGUUAAUUAUUCAGCUUUUGGAAAAGCUAGGAGGUACUACUUACAUUGUUAAGGAGAGUAAACGGAUAUAUGAUGAGGAGGAAGACGAGGACGAGGAGGAGGAAUACGCAUAUGACAGGGAAAAAGGGUUGAUGAAUCAUCCUAACAGAAGCAGAGCGUAUGGAAAUAGGUAUGGCAGCAGGCAUGGCCAGAAUAGUGAUAAUAAGGAUCAGUACCACUACAACGACUCGAUGGAGCGAAUAAACGUGUGUGACCUAGUGGAUGAAAUUUACAGUGGGAAAAUUGUAAACAUCUGUAUGCAAAUAUUAGAAAAUUUCAAAAGAAACAGUAUACAUAUUAACGAUUUAAUUAUAACGUACUUUGAGCAUUUAAUAAAGCAUAAAAAUAAUGAAUAUAAUUUUCUUUUAUUUCUAGACGUUAAGUAUUUCCUUAUCUUUGGAAAUAUAAUGAAUGAUGAACAAUGUUAUUCAUGUCCUCAAUACUAUUGGAUAAUGAAUUUCUUUGAAAAUAUUAUUGGCUGUUUUUUUAAAUUAUGGAAUAAUAAUUAUUUCUUACCUACCGAGCUUUUUUUUAGUAAGGACGUGAAUAAGAAUUUAUCUAGUCUACUAAGUGAGAAAUACAUGUUUUCUAUUUUUAGUAAUUAUAAUGAAGGGAAUGAUGUUUAUAUCUAUGAUGAAUUAACUAAAGGGACUAAUAUCAAUGAUAUAUUUGUUGAGUUAAAUAAUAGAAAGAGAUUAGAAGCACUCGAGUGGUCAAAAGAAGAUGUUCAAAAUUUGAAGCUUUACUUUAAACAGUUCAAACACAUGCACAAUUUUAUACCCUUCAUAAGUGAAAUGCUCAACAAGUCAUCCAAUACUGUCAAGAACCAACUUAUUUAUUUGAAUUAUAUUGAUAAAAGGGGCAAUGUGAUCGACCAGCAUGAUUAUAUGGCAUCGUCGUCGAGAAGUGGGUCGUCAAGAAGUGGGUCGUCGAGAAGUGGGUCGUCGAGAAGUUGGUCUUCAAGAAGUGCAUCAUCUACCGCUUCCGUUUCUAAAUUGUCGUAUGAUCCUUCAAAGAGGAGAAGCAGAAAUGUUGAAUCAUCAAAGUCAAAAUUGACAAAGGAUUAUUUGAAAAGAAAAAAUAAACUACCGCUACUUUACACCAUUUAUAGACUAAAAAAAUUAAAUGAACCAAAUGAGAAAGAUGAUUCACCAUUAACGUCAAACGAAAUAAAUUGCGAUAUUUGCACCGUUUUGGGAGAAAUAAACAUAAGCCUAAAAUCUUUAUACGAAUUGAAAAAGCUAUCUAAAAAUAAAUAUUUUUCUAAUAGAGCUUUAGCUUUUGACAUUCCUCUAAGUAUGUCGAGGGAUUUGUUAGAACAUCCAUAUUUUAAGAAACUUCUUAAACUGCUGGGUUUUAUUUACAAUAAACACAGCAACGAAUGGGUGCUCAAUGAAAAUGUAGACGUAGACGUAUUUCGAAAAAUGAUAGAUAAGUUCGAAGAAUUGCACGAACUACCGAUUGAGCAAUUGAGGGAGCGACUAAGCGGUGUCAAGAAGGGGGAAUCGGGCGAAGGGAAUGAGCAGUGGGACGAGUAUCAGGAUGAACAACUGAAUGAACCCUCAGAUGAACAGCGGGAAGAUCAUAUGCAUGAUCCCAAAAUGAAAGGCGAACCGGAUGAAGAAGAAACGAGAUGGAGUGAUAAACAUGCUUUUAUGGAAGAGCAUGAAUUAGUCAUGUUACAUCCAGCAAAGGUAAAGGGGAUGUUUAAUUUGUUGAAAUGUAUGUAUGAGUUUUUCAUUGCUAAUGAUGAUUACUGUAGGAUGUUUUUCAUCAACUUAACGAACACAAUUGGUGAUAAGUAUACCAACAUUUUGGAUAUGAAAACAAAGAAGGAAGGAGAAAAAGAUAGGAUAUCAACUGAUGGAGAUAACACAAAAGAAGGUGAAAACGAUACGAAUAAAGUGGUACAUCUAUUUGAUGACGUAGAAAUGUAUAGACUGUAUUUGAAUAAGGAGGAGAAGGAUCUUAUGAACAAGUGCCAUAAGAGAGAUGUAUUUGAAAGAAUACUCGAGUAUCUAGGCAUUUAUGUAUAUAAAUCGGAAAGGCUAAUUUUAUCGAAACACAUAAAUGAAAAGAAAUUUUUUGAACGGAUUAAAGUUAUCAAUGAUUACAAAACAUUGGGAGUACAGGAUAUACAAAAUUUGAUAAGCAAGAAGGAGGAGGAAAUAAGGGAAAAAAAAAAAAGGAAGAGUGAGAAUGGGGAGGAGAAGCAGAAUGGAAAAGGAAGGGAAGAUAAGGGAGAAAAAGACGGAAUGAUAGAGCGAGAGGGGAAGGAAAAAAAUCCAACUGCACACCAAAAAUUUGGGUUCAUAAAAGCUGUAUGUGAAUACUUAAACUAUAGACAUGUAACUACAAAGGGUGCACAUAAUGGAAAGAAGGAAUGGGAGCAGCAAAAGAUGGAAACACAGGAAGAGCAAGAAAAAUACAUGCAAGCACGCAUGAAUGAAGUAUAUUUUGGAGAUGAUAAUAUGUUGAAUGCGCUUUACGAAAAAUUAAAUUCAUGGAAUAAUAAAAGGAAUAAAAAGAAAAUUGAUGAAGAUCAAAACUUUUUGCUCGACAUAAAGGAUAUACUUAUUUGUACUUCCAUCGAACUGAAUGAUCAUGCUAAUGAUGAUACACAAGAUAAUAAUAUUGCUUCUAAUAACAACUAUAUGACAGUUAUGUUUCCCUUUUUUAUAAACAUUUGUCUGUCGUUAAAGGGAAAGUUAGCAGGAGAUAAUAAUCAACUCGUUAAAUGGGUUUGUGAUGGCAUACACAAAAGAUGGCUACGAGUCAUGUUAAAACUUUUUUAUAAUAUUCUCUUCGAUUCUGCAUACAAUACUGUGGGCAAGCUCUUUAGUGAAUACAAAAAUAUAAAAGAGAUUUUGAACGACCACUCGCCCGAUUUUCUGGACGCCCACAGGAAUGACAGAAAGAUGAAGAAGAACAGGAGGGUGGAGCAUCUCGAGGAACAAGUUGAUCUACAGGUAGGGGCAGAAGGAGCAGCGGUAGAUGGAGGAGAAGGUGGACAAAUCAAAAGAGCUGAUGACGGGAAAAUCGACCAGUUAAAAAGUCUUGAUGCAAAAGCUGGAUUGAGCGAAAUGCACAUUAUCGCAGAGGAAUCGGAUGAAAAAAUAAAAUUAAACUAUAUGCAUAGCUUAUCAAGGAACAGUGAUAUGAAAAAUGAUUCAGUAAAUGAGUUAAGUAAUGAAAUUAACCAUUUUGAGUUCAAACAAAAAAGAAAAAUAGACCAUAUGACACAAGUAGAUUUUUCACACUUUGCACACUUUUUUAAAAAAAGGAAACUAGAAAAUGUUUAUAUUAAUACAUAUAAGAAGAAUAGAAAAGAUAUUAUUGAAUCUUUAAUUCGAAAUAAAAAUAUUUAUCAGUAUAAGGAGAGUGAUAUCAUCAACAGGGUCAAGCAGGUCGUUGUUAAGGCCAGGCAGAUGGCGUCCAACGGGGACUUAAGGACUCGAUGGAAAUCCCGAGACGACGUACGGAAAAUACUUUUGUUGUGA